UUUUUUUAUUUUCGCUUGUCAAAAGCGCGUCCAACCAAUGCUUAUAGAUGAAGUAUGAUUUUUAUUUUCUUAUAUGCCACUGCAGUCCAUUGCAUUCUCUUUAUUCUGUCCAUCCUUUCAUCGGCCUACAUUUUCCUCUUCUUGUUGCGUCGAGAUCCCAAAGCCAUUCUGCUUUAGCCGUAGCAUUCAGCAAUCGACUUCUCAUUUCUCUGACUUUUGUCAUUUCGCAGAGUUAAUCUUAGAGAAGUCGAUUUUUUAUUUUUAUUUUUUUCAAAAAGCAAAAAUGGAAAAGGAAUUUGGAUUCUUUUCAGAGGAACGGAUGCUGCCAGGGUCAAGUCUAGGAUCAGCCACGGUGUCUACAAUAGCGUCUUCCAAUGUCCUCACAGCUGCACCGUCCUUAGAUGUAGAAAUAUCACCGCUACCGCUUUCCCCAUCACUUAAGCGUUCCAGAGGACGUCCUAAGAACGCAUCGCAAGCACCACAACAGCAACUUAUAAAGUCAAGAAGUCAGCUACAUUCGCGUCCGUAUCAAUCUUUGCCCGCCGAACCCGCGGUCAGGCUAGAUCAAUAGCUUGAUAGGUCGAUACCUUUGCAAUAUGUUUCCGAGUAUCAGAGUCAGGACCCCCGGAUGCUGAGGAACGAUUCGUUGAUGACAUGAAUGACUGCUCAGGGAUUAAACCAAAAACGCUUGCCUCAUAUCAGCCCACCUAUCGUCUGUGGAAGGCAUUUUGUGAGAAAUAUCGCGAAC